CAUAACCUCACUUUCGUAAUUAAUUUUAAAAUUUUUAGCAUGUAAAUUAGUUUGAAAUUGAACGAUUAAACACUUAAUUUCCUUCUUUGCGAUGGCAGUACUUCCUCCGGACCCCCUUUUUACAUUAAAAGGCGAUAUGGGUUACGUGCACUCGAUGGCUUUUAUCCCCUACGAAAAAGACUACACAAAAUCGUUAUUCGCAGCUACAGAGACAGGAUACGUUUACUUAUGGGACUUAGAAUCUAACCGUGUCAACUACAAACAACAAAUGGGGAAAUCAAUCCAAGCGAUUCAUUGCAUCGAUAAAAAGAUUUUAAUCCAAGAGAAAUCGGGAGCUUUAAAAUCGUGGAUCAUCAACGAAUCAUCCAUUUAUGAGGUGGAGAAUGAAAUUGAUUUGUAUGGAGGGUAUUGUCGGAGUUUAAUUCAUGAAGAUAACAUUUUAAUCCCAAUUGAAAGAGAUAUGAUAGCUAUUUUUGAUCUUAAUUUUAAUAAAACAGCAAGUUUAAAACCAACAGAAACUGAUUUGGGUAAUGUAAUGUGUAUGGAAUGUUUUAAGAUAAAAGAAAAUGAUUAUCUUUUAACUGGUUACGAAUCCGGUUAUUUAAUUCUUUUUGAUAUCACCUUUCGUAAACAAUGUUCCAAAUUGAAAUUAAACGAAUGUGUGACUUCGAUAAGUUACGAUGAGAUUACUCGCAGAGGAGUCAUUGGAAACGCUUCGAAUAUUUUACAUUUAAUCGCAAUUGAUCAAAGUUUAAAUUUAAUUGUAAAAGCGGAAAUUUCUAUGAUUAAUGAUGGAUGUGGAAUCGUUAAAAUAAGGCCGGAUAAGAAGAUUUUAGUCGCUGGAGGAUGGGAUGGAAGAUUAAGGUUGUUUUCAUGGAAAACUUUGAGAGUUUUGGUGGUGCUUAAUGAGCAUAAAAAGGCUGUGACCGAUGUACAAUUUUCGCCGAACGUUGUCGAUUUUUGGGGCUCAAAGGUUAUGGCAGCGUCUAGCGGCGAUGGUACAAUUACUUUGUGGAAUUUGUAUAAUUAAAAAAUUUUUGAUUUAAAAUCUAAAAAAAGGUAGGAGUAAAGUG